CUUGACAACAUCGCAUUUCAAUCCUCACAACAAUAUAACACCUUGAUGAUUUCUUCAUAGAAAAAUUUGGCGCUGGAAGCCAUGCGUCAAUUACAGUCUCUACUGUUUGUUAUUGGCUUCUUCUUCCUUGGAACCUCUGCGUCAGACUAUCACGAACAACUUCUCCUUCGACCUCUACAUCCAUCGCUAUUACUUGCCUCCUUCAACUUUCAGAGUAAUACGUCCUGGGAAUCCUUUGAACAGCAGAACUUCAGAUAUUUCCCGCGAUCGCUUGGCCAGAUUCUACAACAUGCAAACACGAGAGAAUUACAUUUGAGGUUCAGCCUCGGGAGAUGGGAUGCUGAGAGUUGGGGUGCUCGACCAUGGGGAGGAGCUCGAGAGGGAGGAACGGGAGUGGAACUUUGGGCUUGGGUUGAAGCUGAGACAGAUGAGGAGGCCAAUGGACGAUGGCUGACAUUGACGAAUGCACUGUCUGGCCUCUUUUGCGCCUCACUCAAUUUCAUUGAUUCGACUAGGACUACUCGACCUGUAAUGUCGUUUCAGCCUUCUGAAGGACAUGCCAACUCUACUCUCGAAAAUCUACAUUUACUUCACGGGACGUUACCAAGAGAGGUGGUCUGUACGGAGAAUCUAACUCCUUUCCUGAAGCUGUUGCCAUGUAAAGGAAAGGCUGGGAUCUCGAGCUUGCUGGAUGGACAUAAACUAUUUGAUGCAAGUUGGCAGAGUAUGUCAAUUGACGUACGUCCAAUCUGUGCUGCUGGAGAGAGCGAUUGCCAGCUUCAAAUUACUCAAACAAUCGAUAUGGUUUUAGACAUUCAGAGAUCAAAACGUCCGAGAGACAACCCAAUUCCAAGACCUGUACCGUUCGAAGAGCUCAAGUGUGACCACUCGAAGCCUUACAACUCUCAUGAUACUUGUUAUCCGCUUGAUACUGCAGCCCAAGAAGAAGGAUGGAGUUUGUCACAGAUCUUUGGUCAUUCUCUGAAGGGAUCAUGUCCCUUGGCAACUGACGGAGUCGACCCAGUUUGUAUCAAUGUACCCCAUGCUCGCCAUGUCUUUACAUCGAAUGGGGCACAAGAACACAAAGAUCCUGGCGGCUUUCUUCGAUGUUUUGGGCUCGCUUCUGAGGGUGAUUUCGACAUAACUUUACCCCAGCAGGACAUAUCAGAGAAAGCUCCUUUGGAACAACCUUUGCUGUAUGCAGAGCGUUCAUUCAUUGGCUACGGCCAAGAGCGAGGUGGUGUUCAGGCCAUUCUCACAAACCCUUCCCCGACACAAUCAGUUGACUUUGUUUACAUGGAGUCUAUACCGUGGUUCAUGAAGCUCUAUCUUCAUACACUAAAAGCUAAAAUCAAUGGGCUGGACAAGGACGUUAUUCAAGAAAUGUAUUAUCGCCCUGCACUUGACAGGAAACGUGGAACGCAGCUCGAAGUGCGGAUCCUCAUUCCAGCAAAUUCAACCGUUGUCCUUACCUACGACUUCGAAAAAGCAAUUUUGCGGUACACGGAAUAUCCACCAGAUGCCAACCGUGGGUUUGAUAUAGCUCCAGCUGUGAUCACUAUUGGAAAUGUCAGCAUCAGAACAACGUCUCUCCUGCUCCCACUUCCCACACCGGAUUUCAGCAUGCCAUACAAUGUGAUCAUCCUGACAAGUACAGUCAUGGCAUUGAGCUUCGGGUUCGUAUUCAAUCUAUUGGUGAGGAGGUUCGUUGCAGUUGAUGAAGCCGAUCAAUGGGAUGUGAGGUCAGUGAGAUUGAAAAUUGCUGCAGCAGCAAGAAGGUUGCUGCUUCGCUUUAGGAAAAGGGCUGUGGUCAAGAAGGAUCAGUGAUUGUACACACCAAAUAAUAGAACUUCGCACAAUGCGCUUGAAAUAUAAUCUGCAUCAUUUUCAC